CCAGGUGGUCAACCGGCUGCCGGAAUGGAAAAGAAAAACUCAAAGUCAACACCCGCUAAGAACAAGCAAACACAAGAAAGCAAGAAAGAUGAACUUGCAGGAGCAACCGAGGAACUUACCAAAGAAGCAGAAGUAGAUGUAGUACCGGAUUCCAAUUACCCCGACCUUAGCAAGCACAACAAUUACUUGGCAGAGUCUUUGAGGCCUUCUAUCUACAACAGAAUAUGUAACCUUCGGACUCUCUCUGGUUACUCUGUGGAUGAAUGCAUGCAGACUGGUGUGGACAAUCCAGGACAUCCUUUCAUCAAAACUGUAGGAUUGGUGGCUGGAGAUGAAGAAUGUUACGAUCUUUUUGCUGACCUCUUUGAUCCAGUUAUUAAUAAAAGGCACAAUGGUUAUCCUCGAAACGCGAAACAUACGACUGAUCUUGACCCAGAUCAUCUCAAAGGAGGGGAUGACUUUGAUCCAAACUAUGUACUUUCAUGCAGAGUUCGAACUGGCCGCUGCAUUAGAGGUUACGGCCUUCCACCACACUGCUCGAGAGCUGAACGACGAGACGUAGAGAAACUGGUGGUAGACGCACUGGCGACUCUAGACGGUCCUCUGAAAGGCACGUACUAUCCACUUACAGGCAUGACAGAUGAACAGCAGGAAAAACUGAUCGCGGACCAUUUCUUAUUUGAUAAGCCAGUUUCUCCAUUGCUUACAUCGGCUCGCAUGGCCCGUGAUUGGCCUGAUGCAAGAGGAAUCUGGCACAAUGCCGAUAAGAACUUCCUGGUUUGGGUCAAUGAGGAAGAUCAUACUCGAGUCAUUUCCAUGGAAUCAAGCGGCAACAUGAAGAAUGUAUUUGUACGAUUCUGUAAUGGUCUCAAGAAAGUUGAGAAUGCGCUCAAAUCAAAGGGCUAUGAAUUCAUGUGGAAUGAACAUUUGGGAUAUGUAUUGACCUGUCCAUCCAAUCUCGGUACAGGUGUACGUGCAGGAGUCCACAUCAGGAUUCCUUUUCUCAGCAAGCAUCCUGGAUUCGAAUCCAUUCUUAAGCAUUAUCGUCUUCAGAAACGGGGAACAGGAGGUGUAGAUACAGCAUCCACUGAUGGUACAUUUGACAUCUCAAACCUUGACCGUCUUGGCACAUCCGAAAUACAACAGGUUCAAUCGGUGAUUGAUGGUGUCACAAAGCUGAUUGAGUUGGAAAAGGCCUUGGAAAAGAAGAAAGAUAUCGGUAGCAAGAUUCCUCGCGACCCAGCGAUGGUUCGUGCAGAGCAGGCAAAAGAAGGAUAUCCAGACUUAUCAAAACACAGCAAUCAUCUCGCCCACUGUCUGACAUAUGAUAUUUGGAAAAAUCUCAAGGACAAAAAGACACCGAGUGGCUUUACUCUAGAUGGUUGCAUUCGAACGGGAGUCAUGAAUCCCGGUCAUCCCCACAUCAUGACUGUCGGAAUGGUUGCAGGAGAUGAAGAAUCAUAUGACGUUUUCUCUGACAUCUUUGACCCAGUGAUUGAUGCACGACACGGAGGUUACCCUAAAGAUGCUGUCCAUGUAACCAACAUAAAUCAUGCAGAUCUCAAAGGAGGAGAAAACCUGGAUCCGAAGUAUGUACUGUCUUGUCGAGUUCGCACAGGACGCAGUAUUCGGGGAUAUGGUCUCCCUCCGCAUUGCACUGUGGAAGAGAGAGCUGCCGUCGAGAAGAUUACGACAGGAGCUCUAGAUAAAUUCGAUGGCGAGUUGAAGGGCCAAUACUAUCCACUGGAAGGAAUGUCCGAUGAAACACAAACACAAUUGAUAGAAGACCAUUUUCUCUUUGACAAACCAGUUUCUCCUCUUCUUACAGCCGCAAGAAUGCAUCGUGAUUGGCCCCAAGGAAGAGGAAUUUGGCAUAACGACAACAAGAACUUCUUGGUGUGGGUCAAUGAAGAAGAUCAUAUUCGAGUAAUCUCUAUGGAGAAGGGAGGAAACAUGAGAGCAGUCUUUAAGCGAUUCUGUGAAGGCUUGCAAAAGUUUGAGCAGAUGAUCAAGACGGAUGGCAAGGAGUUCAUGUGGAACAAACAUCUUGGCUAUGUACUUACUUGCCCUUCUAACUUAGGAACCGGGCUACGUGGAGGCGUCCAUGUCAAAAUACCUCUUCUGAGCAAGUAUCCAAGAUUCAAUCAAAUCCUAAGAGCCCUACGUCUUCAGAAGAGAGGUACAGGUGGAGUUGAUACUGCCUCAACUGAUGGUACCUUUGACAUCUCUAACCUCGAUAGACUUGGUUCAUCAGAAGUACAACAAGUUCAGUUCGUUGUUGAUGGUGUUGAGCUUCUCAUCAAAAUGGAGAAACAACUAGAGAAGGGAGAGGACAUCUUUGAUCUCCUACCAGAGCAAUGCCGCCCCAAGGCACCAAUAAAGCCUUUCAGUUCUGACUACCCUGAUUUCUCUCAGCAUAACAAUUGGAUGGCCAAGUGCAUGACGGAAGAAAUUUACAACAAACUCUGCAACUUGAAGACAAAAGGUGGAGUUACCCUCAAUGACUGCAUCCAAACCGGAGUUGACAAUCCUGGACACCCUUACAUCAUGACCGUUGGUUUGGUAGCAGGAGAUGAAGAGUGCUAUCAGCUAUUCGCUCCUCUCUUCGACCCGGUUAUACGUGCUAGGCAUGGUGGAUACGCUGUUGAUGCCAAACACCCGACCAACCUCAAUGCAACCGAACUUAAAGGUGGAGAAGAUUUGGAUCCUGACUUCGUUUUGUCAUGUCGUGUACGUACUGGUCGUUGCAUUCGUGGCUUAGCACUCCCACCAUGUUGCACCAGAGCAGAGCGUGCAGAAGUAGAGAAGAUUACAACUGAAGCAUUAGCAACGCUGAGUGGACCCCUGAAAGGAAGGUACUACCCUCUCACCGGUAUGACAGAUGAAGAGCAAGAGAAGUUAAUCGCUGACCACUUCCUUUUUGACAAACCCGUAUCCCCACUAUUGCUUUGUGCCAAUAUGGCACGUGAUUGGCCACAAGGUCGCGGUAUCUGGCACAAUGAUGAAAAGAAUUUCCUUGUCUGGAUCAACGAAGAAGAUCAUACUCGAGUCAUCUCUAUGGAAAAAGGAGGAAACAUGAAGAGGGUGUUUGAGAGGUUCUGCGAUGGCCUGAAAAAGGUUGAAGAAUCCAUCAAAUCCAAGGGGUACCAAUUCAUGUGGAAUGAGCAUCUUGGUUAUGUGCUGACCUGUCCAUCCAACCUGGGCACAGGACUCCGUGCUGGUGUUCAUGUGAAGAUCCCUUUGUUGAGCCAACAGCAAUGCUUUGAUCAAAUCCUUGAUCACAUGCGUCUACAGAAGAGAGGUACAGGAGGCGUAGACACUGCCUCAACUGACGGCACCUUUGACAUUUCCAACUCGGAUCGCAUUGGUUACUCGGAAGUCCACCUUGUCCAACAACUCGUAGACGGUGUCAAGCUCCUCGUAAACCUCGAGAAGGCUCUCCUGAAAGGAGAAGACGUCAACGGUCUGUUGCCAGAGAAGCUAAGAGCAACAUGUGAAACAAAGGAAGAUCAAGCACUUCCGGAAACCCAAGAGCAACAGCAAGACGAAUAGUGACUUAUGUUUUUUAAACGUCAUCCAUAAACUAAAUAGCAUAAAAACUGAUUUCCACAAUGAAAACUAAAGAUCGAUUUGAAUGUUUGGUGAAAUUUUCACCCAUUUUUUUUUUCAUGUAUAUUUAAUUACUUGAUGUGAGAAACCAAUAAUGUUAGAAACUAUGACUACUUGAAUACAUCAGGUUUAUUGACCAAUUUCUCGUAAUACGAACCAAUUAAUAAAUUCAUCUUAAUUACUACCUGUAAAAGCAUCAAACUGUAUGAAACCAAGUAAAGCUUACUCAAAUACAGUUCAAAGUAAAUGUAUAUUGACUAUGUCAUAAAAAUUUAGCAUUAGUCAUUUCAGUCUCAUAAGAAAAAGUUAUGAAUAAAGGAAGGGUCAAGUAUAAGUAAACAAGCACUGGAUUUUAGGGGAGAGGGAAAGAAAAAGAGGGAGAUAUAUAUUAGAAGAGAGGGGAGAAAGAAGAGGGGACAUGACUACCUUACCAUGUGCCUAUGGAUAAGCUGACAUUAACUUACCAAUUUAACCGGAACUUAUUUUGCUUUCUACGAUCCUGGUGUUUUAUCAUAAACAGCAGCUGCCUAUUACUGGUUAAAUAGGAUGGUCUUAUGAAUAAGGAUUUCUCGUGAGUUCUAUGAAUUCUGAUGCUGGAUUUUCUUCAGGGAGAAAAAAAAAACAGUUUGUUAACCGUACCUGGAUUCUAUAUAGAUAUUUUAUACUGCGAUUUUAAUACAUAUAUUUCUUUUGAAAGAUUUAUCUAAAUUUUAAGUUAAAAUUAAAAUUAAAUUUUCUCCCUGAAGAAAAUCCAGCAUCAGACUUAAGGCAUUGAAAUAUUCAGACAUUUAAACUAACCAAUAACUUACAGAUCUAAAAAAAAAAUUAACAGCAAAUGAACACAGGGGAACGACAAAUUUAGAAAUAUGACUGUUUGAGGCACUAGAUGCUACUGACCCAACACACUCACCUGGAUUAGCCAUUUCGUUCAGCCUGUAUAAUAUAUUGGAGCGUUGUGGCCCUUUGGGCAUGUUGGGUUAGUCUCCGGACUUUAUAGAGGAUUGUGGGUUUCGAAUCCCUGCCAUGGCGUAAUUUCCUUCCGCAAGAAAUUGAUCCACAAUGUACUACACUCAAUCAUGGACCUAUCCACGACCCAAUCCAGGUGAGGUAAAUAGGUACCUGGCAGGAAUUUAUACGUUGAAAACGCAGUGCGCGUAACAGCUUCUCGACUAGAGAAAGGGCAAUAAUGCUGCAUUACGGUAGAGCGCGUAGAGACCUCGUGUUGAGCGCUAUAUACACAAGUACCGGUAUAAUCAUUGUUAUAUUCGAGAUAUGAGUGAAGUAGGAUAGCCUCUGAGAAGGGAAGCUCUUGAAAAUAUGUAUGUAUGUUGGCCAUCGCAUCGUAAACAAAUCUCCAUCGAACAUGUCGAGAUUUUGGCCAAUGAUGGCAAAUCUGGAGCUUGAAAGAAUUCAUUUAAGUGACAAUUUUCGCGGUUAUGAAAAAUUAACUCAUCAAAAGACGAGGACUAAUCUCCCACAAGCAUAUCAAGAAACGAGUACAUUGCCAAUGUUACUGGUCAACAUCUGCAAUUUGGAGUCAUUAUAACCCUUGAAUUGAAUUUCAUGGAGACGAAUAGACCGCUUACCAAAGUAUGGACAUUUUCAAGAUUGAGGCACAAACAUUACAAUCGCAAGCAGCUAGCCUAACAAACACCUGGAAAACGUCUUCAUAUGGUAAGUAUCUGUAUAAAGUGUGGAGACCACCCCCCCCCCCCCCGAAAAAACCCGGAAACACUCGUUCAAAUUGACAAAAGAAAAACCCCAGUAAUUACGCUUUCUUUGUGGAAUAUUUAUAAUGCGUUGCCCACAGACAUGUAUCAACGAUUUGACUAUGGAACAUCUACAUCAUGUACAUGUACGCUCUAAAAACACUGACAAAUUUACCCAAUAUUAGUUAAAAAGGGAACAUGCAUGUUUGCUGGGUAAUUUUGUUUUACCCCAUAUUGGUCAAAAUGCAUGUUUAAGGGUAAAUUUCAACACGACAUUGCGUAAAAUUUACAAAAUAUAUGGUAUAAAUAUAUCUUUUUACCUAACCAAUGUUCCCAUUUUACCCAAUAUUGGGUUAAACCUUUUUAGUGUGUACAUGACAUAUACCAACUGU